AUGGCGGUGGCGACGUGCGGCGCGUUGGUGUGGCUGGCGACGGCGGUGGGCGUCGCGGUCGCGGCGGCGCCGCCCGGCCGGGCCUCGCCGUGCCGGUGGUGGUCGGCCGAGGGUAACGAGACGCGAUCCGUGCGGUGCGCCCUGCGUUCCCUGGACUCGGCCGCGGUCGCGGAGCUGCCGAGCUCCGUGGAGGCCGCCCUGCGCCUGCGGGUGGACUGCGAGGACGUGCGGCCCUUCGAGAGCGCCGUCGAGGGCGAGACCUGGCAGCGGGUGGCCGGAGUGCACGAGCUGCAGCUGGAGGGCUGCAAGCUGCCGCGUCUGCCGGCCGAUGCGUUCCGGCCGCUCGUCGAGCUCAAGCGGCUCACCCUGAGGACGCUGAACGCCCGCUGGGGCGUCGGGCGCACCCUGGAGCUCGACCCCCGCGCCCUGGCCGGGCUGCGGGAGCUCCAGACCCUCGAGAUCGUCGAGAGCAAUCUGCGCCUCCUGCCGGCCGAGGCGCUGUGCGAGCUCGCCAACCUGCAGGUGCUCAACCUGACCGACAACCGGCUGCGGGAGCUCUCGGAGGUCGGGCUGGCGGACGUGCGUACCUCGCGCGCCCCCUGCCACGCGGAUCUGCGCGUCCUGGACCUCUCGCGCAACGAGAUCCGCGGCCUGCCCGAGGACAGCCCUCUGUCGGGGCUGCGCCAGCUGCAGGACCUUUACCUCCAGCACAACUCGAUAUCCGAGAUCGCGACCGACGCGCUCACCGGGCUGACCAGCCUGCGGAUCUUCAACGUCAGCCACAACUCCUUGGUCGGGCUCCCGGAGGCCCUUUUUGCCAGCACGCGCGACCUUCGGGAGAUCCACCUGGAGUACAACGAGCUGCGCGAGCUGCCGCGCGGAACUUUUACCCGGCUCGAGCAGCUGCUCGUCCUCAACCUGGCCGGCAACCGGUUCGGCAGCGAUCGCGUCGACGAGACCACCUUCCUCGGGCUCAUCCGGCUGAUCGUCCUGGACCUCUCGUACAACUCGCUGACGCGCAUCGACGCCAGGAUGUUCAAGGACCUCUUCUUCCUGCAGAUCCUCGACCUGCGCAACAACUCGAUCUCCCAUAUCGAGAGCAACGCUUUCCUGCCGCUGUACAACCUGCACACCCUCGAGCUCUCGGAGAACAAGCUCCACGCGGUGGGGCCGCAACUGGUCAACGGACUCUUCGUCCUGAACCGGCUGACCCUCUCCAGCAACACGAUCGCCACCGUGGACCCGCUGGCCUUCCGCAACUGCUCGGACCUGAAGGAGCUCGACCUGAGCGGAAACGAGCUCGCCUCGGUGCCCGAGGCCCUCCGGGACCUGCCCUUCCUCAAGACCCUCGACCUCGGGGAGAACCGGAUCACCGAUUUUCGCAACGGCUCCUUCAAGAACCUCCAUCAGCUGACCGGGCUCCGACUGAUCGGCAACGAGAUCGGGAACCUGACCCGCGGCAUGCUCUGGGACCUGCCCAAUCUGCAGAUCCUGAACCUCGCGAGGAACAAGAUCCAGCACGUGGAAAGGGACGCCUUCGAGCGCAACGUCCGCCUGGAGGCCAUUCGGCUGGACGGAAACUUCCUCUCGGACAUCAACGGCGUGUUCACGCGAAUCGGCAGCCUCCUGCUGCUGAAUCUCUCCGAGAACCACAUCGAGUGGUUCGACUAUGCCUUCGUCCCCGGGAACCUGAAGUGGCUCGACAUCCACGGGAACUUUAUCGGCAGCCUCGACAACUACUACGAGAUUCGGGACCUCAAGGUCCGGACUUUGGACGCGAGCCAUAACCGCAUCACCGAGCUCUCGCCGCUGGCGGUGCCCGAUAGCGUGGAGCUGCUCUUCGUCAACAACAAUUACAUCAGUCUUGUCCGCCCGAACACGUUCACCGGCAAGGUGAACCUGACGCGCGUCGACAUGUACGCCAACAUGAUCGAGACGAUGGAGCUGGCGGCUCUGCGGCUGACCUCCGUGCCCGAGGGCAAGUCGCCGCCCGAGUUCUACAUCGGCGGCAACCCCUUCAACUGCAACUGCUCGAUGGACUGGCUGCCGGUGAUAAACAACAUGAGCGGCCUCCGCCAACAUCCCCGGGUCAUGGAUCUCGACCACGCGAUCUGCACGGUCUCCGGGCCCCGGGGAACGGCCGUGCUUCCGGCCUCGGAGGCCAAGCCGGAGCAGUUCCUGUGUCGCUACGAGGCCCAUUGUUUCGCCCUCUGCCACUGCUGCGACUUCGACGCCUGCGACUGCGAGAUGACCUGCCCCUCGGACUGCAAGUGUUACCACGACCAGACGUGGAACACCAACGUCGUCGACUGCUCGGGCCUCGGCAGCGCCGAGAUCCCCCGACGCAUCCCCAUGGACGCAACCGAGGUCUACCUGGAUGGCAACGACCUGAGGGAGCUGCAGAACCACGUCUUCAUCGGGCGGAAGAACAUGCGCGUCCUCUACGUGAACGCGAGCGGCAUCGAGUCCAUCCAGAACCGCACCUUCAACGGCCUGAACAACCUGCAGAUCCUGCACCUCGAGGACAACCGGAUCCACGAGCUGAAGGGCUUCGAGUUCGAGCACCUGUCCCACCUCAGGGAACUCUACCUGCAGAACAACCUGAUCGGGUUCAUCGGCAACCUCACCCUCCUGCCCCUCCACUCUUUGGAGAUCCUCCGACUGGACGGCAACAACCUGGUCACCUUCCCCGUCUGGCAGGUCACCCUUAACACGCGGCUGGUAGAGCUGUCGCUCGGCAACAACCCCUGGUCCUGCCGGUGCAAGUUCCUCCAGGAACUGACCUCCUGGGUGUCGGACAACUCGCACAAGGUGGUCGACGCGAACGACGUCUGGUGCUACGACAACGCGGCCAGGCCGACCUACCGGCGCCGCCUCAACGUCAACGACACGGCCUGCUCGGACUACUUCUCCCAGGGCGGAGUCAUCGAGAACAUCAUGGUCUCGGACUACCUGCCAAUGCUGGCGGCGACCCUGUCGGCGGUGCUCCUGGUCCUCGUGAUCACCGUGCUGGCCUUCAUCUUCCGGGAGCCGGUGCGCACCUGGGCGUACUCGCGCUACGGCGUCCGUCUCUGGUCGAAGGCCGUUCCCUCGGACGAGAGGGAGCGCCUCUACGACGGCUACCUAUGCUACAGCCCGAAGGACGAGGAUUUCGUCCUGCGAUCUCUGGUGGCGGAGUUGGAGCAAGUCGCGGAGGGCGGCGCGCCCGCCGGGGGCGGGCUGCGGCUCUGCUUGCACCACCGGGAUCUGCCGUGCCUGAGCGCGGCCGCGGCCGUCGUCCUGGAGGCCGCCGAGGCCUCGAGGCGGGUCGUCAUCGUCCUGACGAGACACUUCCUGCAGACCGAGUGGUCCCGAUUCGAGUUCAGGGCGGCGGUGCACGAGGCGCUGCGCGGCCGAUCGGGCCAGCUGGUGAUCGUCCAGGCCGGCCCGGUCGCUCGAGAGGCCGAGGAGGACCCCGAGCUCAGGCCCUAUCUGCGCACCGCGGUCCGACUCAGGUGGGGCGAGAAGAGGUUCUGGGAGCGGCUCAGGUUCGCCAUGCCCCCUGCCGACGGACUCGCCUGCAAGCCCUCUUCGCUCUACAGGCGGAACGUCAACACCUACACCCUCGAGGGUCGGUCCGAGAAGGGCUCGCCGACCCUGCGCGUCCACGGACACAUCGUGGGGCACCAUCCGCUCUUCAAGGACGAGCUUCCCCAGGCGCCGCCCGCCUACUCGAGCGCCGGCGCGAUCGGUCACGAGCCCGUCCGGGGCGAGAUCGGCCGCGAGGAGCGAGAGGUCCCUGCGGGCAGCCCCGGCCCGAAUCCCAGGCUCACCGUAAAUCACGCCUACCAGGACGCCUGUGUGGACGGACUCGGCGCCGCCAGGAGGCCCCUCUCCGAGCACAUAUACUCCUCCAUCGACUCGGACUACUCUACGCUCGAGCGCUCCGCCUGGAGGCAGCAACAGCAGCAGCAGCAACACCACCACCACCACCAUCAGCACCAACCGCAGCCCCCGCCGUCCGGCCAGGCCUACCUCGUGUAGCCGCUGCCGGGACCCCCAGGGGAAU